AGAAGGUUUCAACAUGGCUCUGUGUAAUGCAAAUAUGCUAUUUGUGAUACUAACAAGUUACACUGUGCUGUUAAACCGAUGUGCAAAUACCAAUGAGUUGUUGAUGCAAACAGCGUCCAAAGUAUUAUCGCUGGAUAACGAAUUCGGUAAACUAGAUACCGAAUUCAGGAAGUCCCUUACCUCGCUUGAUGAAAGAAUGGACAAUCUGGAGAUUAAACUCGAGAACUCACUGACAGACUUGCAGACGCAGUUAGCGGAAGGGCUGAAACGUGUUGCAGAGACACAGAAAAACUACGAACCCAAACAAGGUGGAAUUACAAAGAACAUUCCGUCGACAAUUUCCAACACCGUGACGCAAAUGGUAAAGACCCAAAUCAUUGCAAUAAAUACUGCAAUGAAGCGGGAAAAAGUGGCUUUAUUGAGUUUGAAAACUGAAAUGAAAAAUCAUAUGAAGAAAAUAGAUGGCGAGUUUGAAAAUACACAAAGCAGUUUGGAUGAGCGUUUGGCAAAUCAAACAAAAGCACUGGACUAUAAGUUAGAAAGACAGUCAGAAAAGUACAAGUCGUCUUGUUAUUCGAUGAAGUCGGAUGUUAGCAGUCUAACGAGCCGAGUAUCCUCAAUCGAAAAAAAGCUUCCAGUGGAUGGCCAAUGGGGAAACUGGGUGGGGUGGAUGAAGUGUGACACCCGGUGUAAGACAGGACAAUGGUAUCGUACAAGGGAGUGUAACAGCCCUGCCCCGCUAUACGGAGGCGCCAGUUGUUCCGGAGAAGAAAUAGAAAUCAGAGCUUUUGCUGACUGUUCGGAAAUAAGGCAGAACCUUGGCAUUGUGCCCUCUGGCGUCUAUCAAAUCACAACAUGGAAAAGAAAUCAGAAUGCGAGUGUGUUCUGUGAUAUGGACACCGAUCAAGGAGGUUGGACCGUGUUUCAACAUCGUGUGGACGGAAGUGUGGAUUUCUAUCGCAACUUUUCCUCAUACGAGAAUGGGUUUGGAUCUCCGCAGGACGAAUUCUGGUUGGGUCUGAAAUUAAUGCAUGAGAUGACAUCCCGAACAACACAUGAUUUAAGAAUUGACAUCACACACGCAGAUGACAGCCCCGCCUAUGUCGUAUACGCUGGCUUCAGUGUUGGAGCCGGGUCUGAUUAUACCCUUCAUAUUGGAGAUUCACGAACAGAAAUGGGACUUGCAGUGCUUCCGAAUGGGUAUCAAACGUUUAAUACUUACGCAAAAGGUUCUGCGUUUACCACAUUUGACCAUGACAACGACCGUUGGAGCAUUAAUUGUGCCGUUUACUUUCAUGGAGCAUGGUGGUACAGGGGCUGCACCUAUAUGGCGAACCUGAAUGGCCGAUACUACACACCCGGAAUGCAUGUCGAAAACAGAACCGCUAUGAUAUUUGACAGUAAAGAAUCUUUAAAAACUAGCAGAAUGAUGUUCAGACCUUCUAUGUAGUCAUCAUUUGACCAACAAGUGCUUUUUUCCAGCUAAAUAUUAGUUUACAUUCAAUUAUGAAUUGUUGCACACGCAUUAAAUGAUAAAGGAACAAAUUUUACAUUAAAUUUAAUUUAAAGUUAGAAGUUUUGUUCUUAAUAUUUUUUUUUAUAAAAUGACAGAUGUUACUUCAUAUUGCCACAUGUUUAUUUAAAGGUUAAAUAUGUAAUACCAAUAAGGUUGAAUCAGUGUACCACUUUUGUGCAGUUGUCCUCUGUAUACUGACCGGCGAAAUAACCUAACCUCGAGGCUCUAAAAAUUCGAGCCAAGCGGGAAUGCUUACCUUCAGUAUAAAGACGUCGGUCUUUUACAUCCAAAUCAUGCUAACAAGGAAUUCGAGCCAAGCGAUCUCGAGCCAACGAGAUUCGACUGUAUAUAUGUAGUUUGUAUAUACUUGUCAGAUAUUAAUAUGGUUACUUUUUUCUUUUGAAUAGCCAUAUGUGUAUGCAUUAGGAUGAUUGUGUUUGACCAAAGGCCUGUAUUUGCUGCUAUUGCUACUAGCCUAAAAUUGAAACUGUAAAGACAUUUGGCGAUUUAGGUAUGACAUCACCAUACUCUUUUUGAAUAAGAAUAUACAUUUUUUCUGUACAAAAAUCAUUGGCUAGAUUUAGAACCUCUAGUCAUAAACUCCAUUCUAAAAUUGUUCGAUUUUAUAUUAUUAAUAGAGAUAAUCGCGUCUGUAUUUAUUUUUAUUGGACAAAGACAUAAUUGUUAUUGAAGAUGAAUACAUAGUAUUUUUAAGUGUUCAAGACUUAAUGACAUUCGCGAAAAUUAUUUGUUUUCUAGGUGUCGUAGAAAUACCGACAAUGUUUAUUUCUAUAAUCUGAUUGCAUCGGAAAAUGUUCCCCAUAUUAAAUCCACUUCUCUUUUCGUUCAUAAACUCAUGUUAGCUGUAGAUAACACUUAACUUUUUUUAACCAAGAGACACAACUCGUAUUUAGUUACAUAUGUGCAUUGUUUUAUAGUUGAUUUGCAUUUUAACAUGUAUUAUGGGCUGAAGGCCUUUUUUAAAUAAUAUUUCGUUUGUUCGUUAUAGGAGUAACUGGUGGCUGCAAAUUUAAAUAAAUUAAAAAAGUCAAUGUCUACACAGUUGAAAACAAAUGUUAAUCAAACUGCGAUUACUGAAAGUAAUCCCUUUCAUUUUGUAGUUUUUUACAUGUUUUUGUACACCUUAGUGACAUAGUGAAAAUAAAUUAAAAAGUUGAAUUUGGUAUAUCCACCAAAGAUAUGUACAAACCCUUUUAUAAUAAAAUUCCGACUCAAGGGUAACACGAUAUUGACCAAUUGAAACAUUUUUAUAAAUGUUAAGAUUACUUAAGUGUUACUUUUGAAUGAUUAUCAAUAACUUGCUUCUCAUCUUGAACUUGGGUAAACUUCGUUUCGUUGCGUAAUGUUAAUAAAUAUUGGCCUUUGUGCAUCUUUAUUUUGCUAACAAAAUUGGCCGUAGUUAUGUUGCAUUAAAUCGAUUAUUUUUAUGUUAUAUUGUUGUUGUUUUUAUUCUAUUCUGCUAGUUUUACUGUUCGCGUUGAAAUUUCAAUUGAUUGUUGUUUUCGUAAAUCCAUGCUGGCAGCUCUCUAACUUGCCUGUUGAUAGAAAAUCUUUAACAAAUAAUUCUAGAGACGUAUGUUCAUACAGUAGACUGGAACCCUGAUACUCCUGAAAACAUAUUUUGAAGAAGUAACCGUCCGCAUCUAGAUCUGAACAUAUUGGAGCCUUCAAUAUCAAGCACAUCACUACAGAAGUUACGAUUGAACUAAUCAUAUUUCGACAAUAAAUAAUUUGAAAACUAUUUUUCGGCAGAAUUCACAAUUUACUUUUUUCUAUUGCAAAACUUAGGCUUUUCGUAAGGCCUGGAUUGAUAUUUUCAUUUUAAUUUGUGCAUGCCUUAUAAAGAGUAUAGAAAAUUUAUUGAUGUCAAACACUGUUGAUUAAAUGUUAACAAGAACAGCAAUUAGUUUUAACACAACUAUUAUCUGCUUUAAGUUGUACAUGGCCUCGAACUAAGAUGUCUAAUGUGGAAUUGUCAGCCUGCUCAAAAUUCCUGUAGUCAUUGCAAAAAAGCGGCAAAGCAGCAAAAUACAUGUAUACACAUGAUUAUUUCAUUCCGCCAAGCUGCUUAAAAUGGUGUAAGGGCUGAUUUGUGUUAUCGAAUACUAAAGAUGCGAUGUUACACCCCAAAAAGAGAUUUACAACAAUUAAUAAUAUUGUUUUAAUUUUCCAAAAAAAGAGGAAUACUUGUCGAAAACAAUGGUUCUUAUUGAGGAUACCGAGUUUAAUUCGACAGCAAUGAGCAUAAAACACGGUAUUUCCACCUCAUGAAACUAAAUUAGACCACAGUAAAUCUUUUAGCAUUCACCAAUCCUUUAAUGGUUUGCGCUUUCAGCUAUUUAAUACACGUUUACAAACUUGUUAUUAGUAACUAAUAUUUCUAUAAAUGCAUUAUUUAGUAAGUAGUUAAGGGUUUUUCAGUCAAAAUUAAUGUUUGUUAUACAUGUGUUUGUAUUGAUUUUGAAUAAGAGUGUCACUUAACAUAAUGAGAUAUAAUGUAUAAGAUCGGGAAUAUGAGGCAGAAGAAUGGUGGAGUAAGCGAUGAUAUGGAAAUAAUAAGAAGGAUGAGACGGGGAAAACGAUGAGAGUGGGGUGUGUGGACAGAUCAGGUCAAUGGUGGAUUUAAGUUUUCUUAUAAAUGUAGGAGAUCAGAAAUGUUUAGUUUAAUUUGUUGAUUUACUAAAUGUCUAAUAGAUAUUCAUUGAAUCACUCGUAAACACCAUAUUGUAGAUGUAUUUGUUCACAUGGGUCUUCUGUAUGUUUUGUUAAUAAAUCUUGAAUCUUGA